AUGAGCAGCCUCCUGCUGCGCUCCGUGCUGGACCUGCGCCCGGCUGUUGCGUCCCCGAUCCGCAGCUCCGCGCGCCUUUUUGUCGUGCAAUCCCAGGCGCCCAUCGCCCGGUCCGUCAUUGCGGCCCCUGCCGGCCCGGUGCGCCACUUCAGUCAGACAAGGCAGAGGCAGCAGCAACAGCAAGCAGAUCGGCUGGUGCAGACCAACUCUUCUACCAUCUCGAUCUCAGCAACCCCCCAAGCGUCUACGCCAACCUCCUCCCAACAACAAGCAACCGUUCCAAAGCCACUGAGCCAGUCGGUCCGCACACUCCUGCCACUGCUGGCCGCUCAACCAGGCCACUACAUCACCAUCCACAUCCAUGGCCGCCCGUACCUCGUGACUGAGGGUGACUCUGUGCGACUGCCCUUUAAGAUGCCAGGUGUUGCCCCGGGCGAUGUGCUGCGGCUGACCCGCGCGAGCGUGCUAGGCAGCCGAGACUUCACGCUACGGGGUGCGCCGUUUGUGGAUGAGCGGUUGUUUGAGUGCCGUGCUGUGGUCACAGGAACCGAGUCAGAGCCGCUCCGCAUCAAGAUCAAGAAGAAGCCCCGCUGCAGGAGGACCAAACACGUCAAGAGCAAGCACCGCUACACCAUGUUGCGUAUCAGCGAGCUGCGCAUCCGGACCGAAGCGCUUGAGGAGUCCAGUUAA